AUGACGGAAUAUGGAAGUGUUGUUUUGACAUUAAGUAAUGUUUUAUUACCACCGGAAAAACUUUACCCUAAUCCAACACCAUCAACAACUGAAGGUUUACCAUGGGAUGUUGAAUAUGAUUUACGAUUAAUUGGUUGUGAACUUAUACAAACAGCUUGUUUACUUUUAAAACUACCACAAACAGCAGUUGCGACUGGUCAAGUUUUAUUUCAUCGUUAUUUUUAUUUUUCAUCAUUUGUUCGUCGUCCUAUGGAAAUCAUGGCAAUGGCUUGUACUAAUCUUGCAGCUAAAAUUGAAGAAAAUGCUCGACGUGUACGAGAUAUUAUUAAUGUAUUUCAUCAUAUUAAACAAGUUCGAUCUGGAAGUCUUAUUCAACCCUUAUUAAUUGAUCAAGUUUAUAUUGAUCGAAAAAAUGAAGUAAUCAAAGCAGAACGACGUUUAUUAAAAGAACUUGGCUUUUGUGUCUAUGUUAAACAUCCACAUAAAGUAAUUGCAAUGUAUUUAAAAAUUCUUGAAAAGGAACGUGAAAAAGAUUUCGUACAAACUUCUUGGUAUGUAUUUAUAUUCUAAAUGAUUAUUUACAAAAAAUCGAAAUGAGUUGAUCAUAGAGAUUGGAGUGUUUUUUUUCAGACAAAAAUAAAGGAAAUUUUCUUGAUGAAUAUUUCACUAUAUAUUAUUCCUCUUUCUCUCUGUCUAAGAUUUAAUAUAGAUUUUUUAAAAUUAACUUGUUUCUUGUCUUUCGUCCAGGAUUGAUGGAAAUAUGCGUAUAUAACCGUUUAAAUUCUGCCGGAAUAUAUAUAUAUACACACAACGUCGGGUCGUUUUAAUCAACACUCGACUUUUAUUUGGAUGAUAUAUGAUCAAGUAUCGGUCGGUAUUAGAUUUCUUUUUUAUUCACAUUUGAAAUAUAUUCUCUAUAUUUCUAGUUUUAUCAAAGAUGUUUUAUUUGUUAUGUUUGAUUAAAAUUAGAAUUGCUGAUUUUUUUUCUUUAGAAAAAAUAAGUAAAGCUGAAAAAAACAAAAAGAUUUUAUUAUGAAUAGUAGCGUAACCGGAAAAUCGCGGAUGCCUGAGUUGACCCACCUCUAAUUAUGACAUAAAAGGUUAUUCAUCAAGAAGAUCUAGAUGUAGCGUUUCUUAUGAAUCUUCAAAAAUUCAGUGGAUUUAAAAAACACGCCUUUUCUCGAACCUCUUUAAUGUAUACGUUCUAAUCUGAGGAAAUUUAAUAGUAGAAGAUGAUCCAACAGUUUGUAUACGCAAUCGAUCGUUAAAAACUUUUACCGUUACGAAGUUAUCUCUUAGAUUUUUAUCCAUUCAUCCAUAUACUUCAUGCAUGUGAUUCAAUGACAACUAUGAGACGUAGGAUAGAUUCUUUUAACUGAACAAACCUAAUCUGUUCUAGUUUGUAUAAAUACCCCAUAAAAUAUUAGCACUGUAUUCGUAAUUCUAUGUGAAUUAUUUGCACGGCUUUUGAUGCAUCCUGUGUGUAACAUUUUGUUUCCAAAAUGAGCAAAGUUUUGUCAUCCUACACGAUGUAUUUAACUGUUUAUCACAUUUUCAAAACAUCUUUUUGUUUUUUUCAGCUUUGUUUAUUUUCAACAUAACAAAUGAUUCAUUAUUGAAAAAUUUUAUUUCCGAGAACAAACUGACCGAUAUACCGAUACUUGAUGAAAUACAUUCUUCUCUCUUUUCU